UACCUGACUCACUUCACUUUGGUCUGUGUUGCCAUGCGACCGUGGCUGGGUCGCUGAAGACUAGGUUGGAAACUCUCGCUGCACGUCGAAGACUUUGCACCUGUCGAGAGAUCGUUCGCGGUGGUUCAGUUUCCCAGGAAUACAUUUAACAAGCCAUGGGCAGCAAGAAGAAGGAAAUUGCCCUGCAGGUCAACAUCAGCACCCAGGAGCUUUGGGAGGAAAUGCUCAGUUCCAAAGGACUAACUGUUGUCGACGUCUAUCAAGGCUGGUGUGGCCCCUGCAAACCGGUGGUGAGCCUCUUCCAGAAGAUGAGGAUGGAAGUUGGCUUGGACCUACUGCACUUUGCAUUGGCAGAGGCAGACUGUCUUGACGUCCUGGAAAAGUACCGUGGGAGGUGUGAGCCAACCUUUCUGUUUUAUGCAGGAGGAAAACUGGUGGCUGUGGUUAGAGGAGCAAACGCCCCACUGCUGCAGAAAACCAUCCUAGACCAGCUAGAGGCCGAAAGGAAGGUGUUGGCUGAAGGCGGAGAACGGAAAGUGAUUAAAGAUGAGGUGCUUUCUGAAGAAGAUGAACGUUUUUCCCGUGAAAAGGACGAUGGUGAAGAUGAGGAUGUGGUUUCAUCGGAGAAGGCCUGUACCUUGGCAAUCAUUAAACCAGACGCAGUGGUCCAUGGAAAGACUAGUGAGAUUAUUAUGAAGAUCCAGGAAGCUGGGUUUGACAUUUUAACAAGUGAAGAGAGAACCAUGACAGAGGCAGAAAUGCGACUCUUCUACCAACACAGAGCCGGAAAGGAGGCAUUUGAAAAGCUGGUACAUCACAUGUGCAGUGGACCAAGCCACCUCCUGAUCCUCACCAGGACUGAGGGCACUGAGGAUGUUGUCACUGCCUGGCGAAACUUCAUGGGACCCUGUGACCCAGAUGUGGCAAGGAGGGAGCAACCUGACAGUCUCCGCGCUCAGUACGGCACAGAAAUGCCCUUCAACGCGGUCCAUGGAAGCCGGGACGGAGAAGAUGCCCGCCGAGAACUGGCUUUGCUCUUCCCUGGUUUUAAGUUUUCAGACCAAGUUCCAGAAGCCCCCCUGGUCUUGCUGCCUGAAACCUCCUGUGACUAUUUCCACCACACUGAUGCUUCCAACUGAUGCUUUAAGCUGAAGGCAAGAGCUCUACAGAAAAAAGUUGUGGUAGCCUUACUGUGCCCUGAGGCUUUCUUAGCAGGUACUAAAAAAACAAAAACAAAAACAAAAAAAUAAACAAAAAAUUCUGUCGAUUGAAUGCAAGGUGUAUGGUCACUUAAAGAAAAAAGGACGGACCAGAGGCCAGGUUGACCUGUGGUUCUGUAAUGUAUCAGGAAUACUAUUAGCAGUAGCCUGAUGCAUGUUCUAAGUCUCAAUUCAGAUUAAUUGGCCUCAACAACCUCCCCUGCUCCCAAGAAAAGACCUAAGACCAAAAGAAGUUAUUUUGAAGUAGAGAAGCAGGAGGUAACAGUUGUGUUAAAAAAUACCAAGGGAGUGCCAAAAGACUAAGA